UCUGUGAUUCCCAUAUUUGUGUGUGUGUGUGUGUGUGUGUGUGUGUGUGUGAUGUUUAUGUCUGCUUACUAGGACCUAAACUUUCAAGGAUAGAAAGUCCAGUUCUUUAUUGGCUUGCAUGGGAAGCAGCUACUGACAUGGUCCUGAGCCCUCACUGAUGCCCAAAUCUUUGUGUAUUACUUUGAAUUUUAAAAUACUGAUAGUCUUUCAUUUUGAUCUUUUUUCUUUUUUUUUUUCCUCACUUGUUUCUUCUUUUCAAGCCAUCUAUUAAAAUCUUGUUCUGCUGCCAGUUGUGGGUAGAAGAUUUGACUGUCCAACAUCUGACUUUUAUUCUAUGGUCAAACAGGCUUUAAAUCUGGGAGUGGAGUAAAGCAUAAAAGAAUGGUAUGAAAUAAGUGAACUUUGCUGGGAAGGAAGAAAUGAGAAGAGGACAAGGCAAUUUCUAAGACUUUCACACUGCUUCUUCAAGCUAUUCUGACCAUCCCAGGGGCUGCUUGCCCCUGCCUGUCUCUCCCUUUCCCUCAAAUAUGCAUCCCAAAAAGCAAAGGCCUGCCGAAUUUGAGCAUGCUUAUGGCUGCUGCUUCAGACUGUCAUGCAAUGAGGGUUAAAUGUAUGUUUUCACAAGCUGAGGCCUCUCCCACUACACCCUAAGCACAGCUGUGCCUGUGACCUGUAAGUGUGACAUGUCUUGGGUCCCUGUGGUGCCCCAGCAUCGUGGCAGGUGUGUUGGUGUUGCAUGAACCCAUAUGGAGAUUUCUUGCCAUAGAAGAAAGGGGAUGUAGAGACUUGAGCAAAGUGUUUUCCAGCAGCUUGCACUCAUCUGCUGGAACCCUUUUAGUAUAACACAGAAAAAUUCUUUAGGAGGAUCUGGAGAAGAGAAAGAAGAAUCGCUUUCCCCUGUUGAUAACAUUGUCCAAACACCACCAAAGAACUUGAACUGAAAAUCAAAUCUCACUGAUUUUUUUUAUUUUUCUGCUCCUCAGCACUGCAGUUAUAAGUCAGACUCCAUCAAUGUUGAAGAGGUCAUUUUAUUAUAGAAAACUGCUGAGUACUCUGGAAGUCUCCUGACCCAUCACAUGAAAGACAAACAUUUCAUGGAAACAGCAAUAUUUACAUAUUAAUAGCCAAUCCAUUCCUUGCCAUUACCUGUAUUAUUGUAGUUUUUUCAUUGUGGCAUUUCUCUCCCAAGCAAAAGGGUUUCUUCCCAUCAAAUUUGUUUCCCCACUGAGCGAGAAAGGCUGUCCCAGGAAAAGUCCCAUUUGCUUGUUUCUCUGCCCCCUUACUGCAUAGGUCUCUUAGUGAGGUACUUUUACCCAUCUUCACCUAUCUUGGCUUUGCUGCCAUGAAAAUGCAAUAUUUGUGCAACAGGAAGCACAAAACACCUCAAGCAUCUGAGUCUUAGCAGCCAGUUAAUCACUCAGUUGUUUUAUUUGUCAUCUCCCCAGAGGAAAACAUGCAGUUUUCCAAAUAAUGGAUGUCUUGAGUUGAACUGUGCUCUGGAAAGUGCUUUUUCUCAUGGUGAGGAUAAAAUAAGGACAUACACGAAGUACAGAACUCUAGCACUUAAAGAUGUACCUCAUGGGGUCUAAGAGCAGCAAAGCCUACAGUCCAUUAAAGGACAUGUUUGGAGUUCUGCAGCUGUUGUUCCAUUACUUAUCUAAAUCCUCUUUUAAUAGAAUUUUAAGAAAAUUAUCUCUCUGGCAUGAAUGAACUGACUACCAGUAAGGUCUGGGUUAAUUAGUGCAAGGUACUGUAAUGCACCCUACAGUGUCUCAGCCAGUAUCUGGACAUACCAACCUACCGGCAUUCAGCCACGGAGGUCACUAACACACAGGCAUAUCUACAAGAAGGCAGAUUGUUUGAUUCUGGCAUGAGAAACAGCCUGAGACUCUAGACUUGACAUCUUCCAGGUCCCCAGCCUUCUGGUUUUUGUCUUCCUGUGUAUUUCUCAAGGGAAAUGCGUUAUUUUCCAUAACUGCUUUUAGAUUACGCUUUCAUUCCCAUUAAGGCUUGGUUGUGAGAACAGCACUCUGCAUCCCACAGAACAUCCAGGAUGAAUCACUUCUGCUUUCUAGUGAGUUAUGGCACGCUACGUCCUAAAACUGUUGGGGGCCAGAUCUUCUGUGUCUUUUUUGCUCUCUUUGGAAUCCCUCUGAAUAUUGUUUUUCUGCACCGUGUUGGUAAGAUCCUCUCACUGCUGUGUAAAAAGCUGGGGAUAUUCCUGUACGAAAAAGGAAUGAGAAAGAAGAAGAUCAAAUUUCUGACCCUUCUGUUCUUCCUUGUGACUGGGAUCCUAGUGUUCCUGUGUUUGCCAUCACUAUUCUUCCAGAUCACAGAGGGUUGGUCCUACAGUGAAGGAAUUUACUUUGCAUUUAUCACCCUCAGCACCAUUGGCUUUGGAGAUUACGUAGUAGGUAAACAACCUGGCAGGAUUUAUUUUUCCUACUACCGAACAAUUGUGGCCAUUUGGAUUCUUUUUGGACUUGCCUGGAUUGCUCUCCUAUUUAAUUUAUUGACAACGGUUCUAGAAGAUACUGAGAAAAUAAUUGUCAAGGAUCUUCAUCAAAUCAGAAAGGUGGGUGAGGAUAAUGCAGCAAGCCAACCAAGAAGGUGCUGGCCUGUUCAGUUUAUUCCAGAAGAAGAACUGAUAGCACCUUGUGCUGAAGGGGAUACCCAGAAAAUGGAGUCAUUAGCAGCAGAGGGUGCACAGGAAAAUGGAGUUAGUAGCAGCAGGUUCUGAACAAACAAAAAAUGAAAAAAAAAAGUGUUUUCUGAUAGCCAAAAAUACUGGCCAUAUGCUUUAGCACGGACAUUUAAUUCUUCAUUGGAAAUUUGCUAGUGCAUUAUUCUAAAGAAAUUCCCAUGGAAAUUAAAUUUAUCCCACCUUUUGCUGAAGUGUGGCCAUUUAGAGCUCAAGACUUUCAGUUAUACAGAAACACAAUAUUAAUGAUACAAAGUUUGCUCUACAGUUUGCAGCCAUCUUGUGCUAAAACAUUACAAAUGCACCCAUUUUGUGAGGCUUUUUAAAGAUGCUUCCAUGAAAACGCAAAGGAGGGGUGUGGUAGAGCUUGCUUACUGUAUUUGGAUUUUGCUGCUUGUAAAAAAAAAAUCACAUCUCUUCUUGGAGCUGACAUGUACAAGCUUUUCUGAGUUUCUGAGUAAUACCAGCACCUUUGGAAGAAGAAGAAAUAAGGGCAUAUAACAUGCCUUGAUUUGAGACAUCACAUAGGAUGAACUGGCAUGAUCUGAAAGCCGUGUUUGAAGGACAAGACCUGGGCUCAGUGCAGAGAUGGAUGAGCAAGGUUAGAAAAAGGAUACCUGUAUUAGAAAUGAUUCAUUCUACAUAUUCCUGAUUUACGCUAAGACGAAUAAAAGCAACUUCAUUUCUUAUCCCUGCAGCUUUGAAAAACCUUUCUGAUGAACAUACAAGUUCAGAUUUUAUAAUGAUUAUAUUUCAUAAGGAUUUUACAAGAUCAGAAACAUGUUUGAAUGGAGGAGUCUUCACCGCAUCAAAGCCUUGCUUCUGUUUGUGCUCCACAGGUGCUAAGAUGUCAUUUAAAAGCAAUCCUACUGUGCUGUGCUAAAGUACCUUUCCAAGUGCUAGUGCUGUCUAAACACUGCCAUCUUGCCUUCAACCAGGGAGAGGAGGAUGACAAACUUGUGAAUGGUGUUUUAGAUGUACUGCCAUUCAGGCUAUCCCUAGGUGAAGAUCCUAGCAUUCAAAUGGGUUGAUUGCUCCAUCAGGUGCCUUGUAUGUGUCAAGAGUACAGGAAAACUCUACCAUGAAUUUCUUGCAGUAUCUCUUCCAGAAGCUGGUGGCUCCCCUGCUGUCCGAGCAAGAGGUGGAGUAAUGUGUACCUCAAAGUCUGCAAACCUGUCCACCUCACAUCAGCACCCACAAGACUCUCUCAAGGCAGUCCAUACACUCAGCACAUGGAGUGCUUCCCUUUGCUUGGUGCUGAACCUGUUGCUUCACAGGUUUUCACGAUCCUGAGUUUCUGUUUUGUCAGGCAGUGAAUAAUUGUACUUGGCUAACCCUCCGGGUGUUAGUUUUAGCAAAACCAACUCUUGCCAGAGCUAUUCCUGUACAAAAGGGAGAAUAAAUUACAGCUGUAAAGCAAUUCUAGGCCGUAAAGAUGCAA